AUGUCGGCGUCCAAGAAAUGGGCAGACGUGUCAACCGAGUUGAUCAAAGACCCCAACAACUUUAAACUAUGGCAAAGACUAAUUGAAUCAGCAGAAUACAAUGACAAACAAGGCAUAUCCAAGUCAACACCGUGGGACAAACUAGAGAUACUACGCACUUCCUACCACAAGUUUUUGGAAAGAUACCCCUAUUGUUACCGGUACUGGGUACGACUAGCUGAGUGGGAAUUCAAGUUGGGUGAGGACGCCGCCAAGGCAAUUGAAGUUUUCCAACGUGGCUUGCAGCAUCUAAGAUGCUGCAUUGAGCUCUGGCAUGAGUAUUUGAAGUUUCGAGUCGAUACCAUUAGUGACGAUGUCGAGCAAGUGUUGGCGAUUUUCGAAGAAGCGAGACGGUCAAUCGGCAACCAUUUUUAUUCCUACGAGUUUUACAGUUUGUACCUUGGCUUUCUCGAUACUUAUGCCACGGAAAAGAACCAGUUCAAGCGAAAAUAUUACAUCCUUUUGAGGAUAGUGUUGGAGGUGCCCAUGUACCACUAUGAGUAUUUCUACCGCAAAUGGUUUGAGCUCAUUCGCGACAUUGCCGACCCCAGGAUCGUCAGCGACCAAGAGUUGAAGUACAUUGUGUCGGAACGAGAUUGGCAACGCGGGGAAAGAAACAAGCUCGUGAUGCAACUCAAAAAAACCUUCACUGACGCUUACACUGCUGCGCAGAACCGAGUAUACGAGUUGUACCAUUUCGAAAGACAAUUCAAGCGACAAUACCACGACGUCAGGAUCAUAUCGCGACAACAGCUAGAUGCAUGGCUUGAAUAUUUUGAUUUCUUGGAGUUGAAAAAUUACCCCGUAAGCGUCAUCGAGAUGAACUAUAACCGAUACUUGUACAUUUGCGCCAACUACCCGCAGGCAUGGACCAAGUUUGCCGAUUACUACAUCUUCCAUCAACGGUAUAAUCUGGCGAGACAAGUGCUCAUACGCGGAUGGAAGUAUUUAGGCAAUGAUGAAGUAUUGAUCAAGUUGAUUGACGUGGAGAUAUUCUUGAAGCAGUUUCUUAGAGCAAGGGACUUGAUUACCAAUUACUUGCAAUAUACCAUCUCGGUGCCGAUUGCAAUCUAUGAGAAAUUGUUGAAUGUUGAACACAUUGUAGAUGCACGCGACGAGCACUUGUUGGCGUUGUUCAAGGAGAUUAUCCAGGAGACUCAAAACGACUGGUUUUUCAAUGUCUUGACUUACUAUGCCAUUGACCGGGAGAAGAAGGUGGCGUUUUUGAAAGAGAUGGACGAGUUCAAGGGGCAUAAAUACUACGACAUGGCCGUAGCGAUGUUCUCGUAG